AUGUUCUGGGCGAUUCUACUUCAAAUCUGUCUGUAUUUUGCCAUUGUUGCUUUGGUUGCCUAUUGGAUACUUCCAUCUCAUGUUGAUGUUGAGAAAUAUUUUCACAAUAAAGUCGUGUGGAUAACGGGAGCAUCGUCAGGCAUCGGUCGGGAACUUGUGAAACAAUUGGCUCGUCGUUCGCCAACAACACGACUGGUUCUGUCAGCAAGACGCGAAAAUGAGCUACAUAAUCUUGCUAGAGAAUUAAACCUCGAUUUCGAACACUGUUUAGUCUUACCAUUAGAUCUUGAAUUACAAUACGAUUGUUUCAAAUCGAAAGUUGAUCUCGUCCUCGAACGCUUCGGUCAGAUAGAUAUCUUGAUAAAUAAUGCUGGAAUAUCUCAACGAAGUUUUAUCCACGAAACGGGUUACAGUGUCGAUUCAAGAUUGAUGAAUAUCAAUUAUUUAGGAACAAUUACCUUGAGUAAGACAAUUCUCCAGCAUUUCAUCGAGCGACAAAAGGGACAGUUUGUUGUGGUGACAUCAGCGGCUGGUUAUAUGGGUUCGGCUCUACGAUCCUCCUAUGCUGCUUCCAAACAUGCCUUGCACGGCUUCUUCGAUUCUCUUCGAUUAGAACAUGCCCACGAUAACAUCGAUGUGACCAUUGUUCGGGAUUACUGUACGGUAAAAUGGACCCGAAAACCGAAAAAGGAACUGAUCCAUCUAAAUGUGCAGAUGACAUCAUUCUUGGCAUUGCCAACCGUGAUCAUGAAGUUUAUGUCGGAUAUUUAG